AUGUCUUAAUAACCUUUAAUUGAAAUUCCAACGCUGACUUAAAAUGAAAACAACUAAUAAUAAGCGCAGAAAAAUAAACCAAGCAAACUUUCAAAAUAAUAGAGCUUAGAUCAUUUAUCUGUUCAUAGUUUUAAAAGUGGAUUAACAUAUAUAAGAGAUUCUUGGAAGAGUGGAAUGGCUUAAGCAAUAUUAAAUAUGCCAUUUCAUUUAACCAUAGGAAGUAGUUCAGGUUGUAAUGCUUCUGUUGGCAUUACUACGGCAUUCAUAGCUGCCUUCACAAAUGGGUUUUUUAGUGGAAGUACAUAAUUAAGAUUUACUAGGUAAUCAUUCUAUCUAUAUGCCAUCUUGGGUAGUAAUUGGAUUAAACUAUUAAUUAGUUAAGACUUAUGGUGUCGAAGUUAUGCCUUGGAUCACAAUAAUAGUAGGAAUCUAAAUUUAUAUAGCAGGACUAUUAAAGUGGCAUCACUUAUCAGAUUUUAUUCCAGUUUAUGUUAUUGAAGGAUUCUUGCUGGGUAUUGCAAGCCUUUUUUUUUUUUCUUAUAGUGAUUACAUGUUUGGAUUAACUGAUAAUCAUUCAAAUAGGGGAGUUGAACUUUAUUCGUCUUACUAUGACAUGUUUAAGUCUUUUAUAGAGAGAGGAGAUAUACAUUAUUUGAUUGGAGCAUGGUGUGUUUUCCUCUUUUUGUAGAUGGGUAGGAUAUUCUUUAGAUAAUUUCCAUGGAUAUUCAUAACAACUUUGACUGGAUUAACCUUGGGAAUAGUCUAUCCAACUGAAAAAUGUUUGAGAUCAGCAUAUGGAGAAGUCACAAUCUAUUUUGAUUUUAUCGAAUAUGAUGGCCCUAAAUUUCAUCCAGAUUUUUAAGUGGUUAGUCAUCUUAUAACUGAAGCUAUUCCAAUUACACUUUUUAUUUUGAUUUAAAAUCAAUUCUGUGCAAGGGCAGGCUAAUCUUUAAGUGGAGUUAAAUGUGAUUACGAUCAGGAAAUCUAAUGCGUUUCAACGGCAAAUAUUUUAAGUGGUAUUUUUGGUGGAUUACCUUGUUGUGCAUCUUCAAGAAUGUACAUUCUGGAUAUCAAAUUACGUAAAACAAAUCAAUGGUCAUCCAUUCUUAACGCUUUUUCAAUACUUUUCUUCUAUGGAGUGUUUAGUAAAGUUUUCAUGGAUAUACCUUUCUAUAUUAUAAGCGGUUAAUUGUUGUACAUGAUCAUCAAUAUACCACCAUGGCAUUAUUAUGUUAACUUAUAUAGAACCUAGAGAAAAUUAAUCUUAUUCUAUAUUUUUUGUAUCGCUUGGUUAUGCGUUAAUUAUGGAGCUAUUUAAAGCACUCUAAUUGGAAGCAUGCAUGCUCUAAUCAUAUUUGCUCAAAAAAUGAGUUUACCUUCUGCAGAAGUAAUGACCAAUCAAAAGGAUGGAGUUUAUUAAAUAAAUUUAAGGGAUACGAAUCUUCACGAAUUUGAAGAGGAGUGCAAUGAUAUACCUCCAAAUAUAGAAGGAACCUAUACCGUUUAUAGAUUUAAUGGAGCCUUGAAUUACAUCAACAUUAAAGGACAUAUUGAUUAAAUCAAAGAAUUGGCAAAGACAGACAUUUUCAUUCUUAGUUUUAGAUAUGUUUGUGUAAUCGAUUUUUAAGCAGUUGAUAGCUUGGCCAUUAUUAUAGAUAAUAUGAGAAGUAUAAUAUUUAUUAAGGAUAGAAAAUAGCACUUAAGUUUUUGUGACUGGAUUGCAUCCCGGAAUGUUAGAAUAAUUGAGUGAGAAUAGUAUAUUUAAAGAGUAUUUUAUUAACGAAAACCACAUGUUCCAUCAAAUAGAUAAACUACCUCAUUAGUGA